AUGGAAGGCUUAACCACUACAGCAUACAAAAGUGUAAAAGGCUGCUGGCGAGCAAGAGGGUACCAACGCCUCGGCACCAGUACUAGUCACGACAGUGCAGGACGAGAGGAGGAGGAGGAGGAGUCUGGAUCGAAGCCGAGGAGGUUGAGGAGGAGGAAAAGGCGGUUCUGGAGGUUUAGGAUAAAUCCGAGGCUUACUUUGAAGCUGAAGCCCAGGAAGUUGUUUAUAGGAAUCCGUGAUGCUUAUAUGAUGAUUAUGAUGAAACUCGCGAGUUCAUCUGUGGUGAGGGGGAGAACAAUGGGUGGAGAAGGGUUUGGGACGAUGGCAAUGAAAGAAUACGAUGAGAAGAUGAUAAUGGAGAUCUACAAGACAUUGGCGAUGAGGCAAGGCCAGCUGAUCCCAUCCCAGAAUAUUUCUGUUUAA